UAACCUCACCGCCAUCACCAUCAUCAUCACCAUCAUCAUCAUCUCUCUCUGUCUCUGUCUCUGUCUUUUGUCUUUCUCUCUCUCUCUCUAUGUGAAGCUCAUACAUCUCUCAUUAAGCUAUACUAAUAUUAAUUGAGAUACAUAUAUAUAUAUAUAUAUAUAUAUAUAUGUUUUUUGGGACAUUGUCCUGAUCUUGAAUCAUCAAAAAAUGGGGUGUGAUAAGUCAACGGAAAAGCCAAAGCCAAAGCAGAAGCAGAAGCAGAAGCACAAGAAGGGGUUGUGGUCGCCCGAUGAAGACCAAAGGCUCAGAAACCACAUCCUCGAGCAUGGCCAUGGCUGCUGGAGCUCUGUCCCAAUCAAUGCCGGGUUGCAAAGGAAUGGGAAGAGCUGCAGACUACGGUGGAUCAAUUACUUGAGGCCUGGCCUAAAGAGAGGGAUGUUUACUGCAUCAGAAGAGCAGACAAUCCUCACCCUUCAUGCCAUGUUGGGCAACAAGUGGUCUCAGAUAGCUCAACAUUUGUAUGGAAGAACUGAUAAUGAGAUAAAGAACUAUUGGCAUUCUUAUUUGAAGAAGAAAGUGGCCAAAAUGGAACAAACCGAACCUCAAAACAACACCAAAUUGAUGAGUCCCAACACAGAAUCUUCACUUUCUUCCCACAAAUCAACUCCUCGCAAUCCAAGUUUCGAAUCAUUUGAACACAUGGAAGGAUCAUCAACGAACACUAAUCAGUCCAUACCACAGAUUUUCAACUUUCCAAGGGAACCUGCUUGCUUUCAGAACAACUUGCCAAAGCUUUUAUUUGCUGAGUGGCUCUCACUGGAUCAAUUUCAAGGCCAGGAAUUUGGAAGUUCCGGCGAGCCAGCAAUUUCUAAUAAGGAUGCUGCUUUAGACCAUAAUCCAAACUUCCAAGAUUCUUUUCUCAAUGGAUUAUUAGCAAAUGAGGGGUCAUUUGGUUGCGAGUUUCGUCAAGAGUUGAGCAAUGGUUCUGCUGAUGAAAUGUUUCAGCACCCACAGUUCAAGUCUGAGGAUUGGUUCCUCGAGAGCGAGUUGGUUGAUUUGAUCACAGAAGAUGAUUUGAACAUGAACAAUGGAUGUGUAUAUGAGGGGUGUUGAAGAAACAUCAAGAAAAAGUAACUUGUAAUUACCCUUUUGCAAAGACUUCUCAUACUAAUAAAAAUGGCCAUCAAAGUCUUUACUUGUUUUCUUCCAAAAAUCUCUUCUUCUUUUCCAGAUUUGAAAACCCUAGGUCUUUCUCUCGUGCACGUGGGCAAGGGUGGAGAAAUGCUAGGUGAAGGGGGUUGAAGUAGAGACCGGAGGCUGUGGUUGGAGGUGGGGUAAAGUUAGGGUUUGAAAGAAUAGUGGUGUAAUAAGAAGUCGAGAGGUUAAGUACUGGUAGAAUGACAGGGAUGAAAAAAGAUAAAAUAUUUAUUUUUUUAUUUUCUUUAUUUUUGAAUUUCGAAAGGGAGUGUAAUUAGAAAAUAGAUAUAAUAAGGUUUUUCCAAUUUUAUUUUAUUUUUAUUUUCAUUUAUUAUUAUUUUUUUGGUGUAAACUGAAACUCCCAUGUUGGAAAGCCAUGAAGUUCAAUUAGAGGCUAUUGUUUUGUGGAGUUGCUUUUGAAAAUAACCCUCUU